AUGCACUUCUCGCGGGCGAGCUGGUUACUCUCUGCCUGCAUGGGGGCCAUGGUCAGCGCUUCUAGCGUGCUGGAAAUGGACCUGGUUUUCCCGCGCAACGAAACAUAUGCGCCCACUGAGUUGUUCCCUAUUAUUUUUGCUUUCCAGAAUGCCGAGCGCGCGAAAUACCUGAACCCUCAUAUUUCCUACACAAUAAGGAACUGGGAUAACAGGAACGACACUAUUACUCGAUCUUACGAUUUAAGAUGGACAAACUGGUCCAGCCACGACCCCUACUUUGCAUACACAUACUUCAGUGACUUCAGCACUGAGGGUCGUUGGAAGCUGGAUUGGAGCUUGACCUGGGAGAGUUGCGACGAGUACGCCUUUUCUAAUAGUCUUCCCCGUGCGAGUAUGAUCUACAACUCCACAUCUUGGGGUAUCUUCUUCACCAUCCAAAAUGCCGCUCCCAAGGUGGAUCUUGUUACUGCUACAGCCAACAAGACCUGUCCCGGGGAACACGGGGUUGCUAUCAAAGUUACCGAUAAAACCAUGGAAGUUCCACUGUGGGUGGACUGGCCUGGUGGUGACUCCACUAAUAACACAUGUGCAGUGGUAGCGUCCUCUACCCCGAUGCCGAUACCAGAUCCUUGUCGGGUCGAUAUUGACUCGGCUAUUGCUGCAAGUAUGUCUGCCUCCUUGACUGCCACCUUGUGUAAGGGCGUAAACCCGCCGGCUGAUUGCCCGGAGGACGAUGAGAAUGCCGCCCAGCAACUGGCUGUUUUCGGCGUAUCCCUCUUGCUAGCUGCAUUCGGAGCGUUGAGUUUCUUUCUAAUGUGA